UAGUAGUAGUAGUAGUAGUAGUAGUAGUAGUAAUAGUGUCUGAUGUUACAGUAGUGAUUAGUUUGUGACUGUAUGCUAAUCAUUGCCUGGCUACAGUGUGUCACUAAGCUCCGCCCCCUUCCUUCAAAUCCGCGGCAGCCAAUAGGGCCUGAAAGUGGAGCUGAAGCUCAGGACAGCGGUGUAACUAACUCCUUCACCCCGUCUCACUAACCGAGUUCUUUCUUCACUCCGCGGAGACACCGGAGGUACUUUCCCCGUGUGGAAGCCGGUGUGGAGUGUGGAGUGGAGUUGGAGGAAGUGUGUGCUCGGUGUGGCUUCUUUAAGGCCGCCUCGCUCGCUCGGAGUGGGACUGGUUUCAAAUGACGCCAUCGCUUUAUUUUUAUCAGCAUGACCUCAUCUCUGAGACGGAGUUCAGCGACCAGUGAAACUUUAUUCAACUUCUUUUUAAGCGGGCUGUUUUUCUACUCGGGCGGAUCUGCUCGGGGUUUUUCGGUGUCGGAGAAGAUAAGUGAGACUGGAGGUGAGGAGGGGAAAGGACGGGCUUUCUGAAAUGUGCUCUCGCUUCACUUGUCCUCUUUAACGCCAAACACUAAAAGGGUGACAUCAUCGGCUGCCACCACAAUGGGGUCGUUCUUCUGCUGAAGGCCCUCGCGGGCCACGUCAUCGCACCACAGGAAGAGAGGAGGUAACAGUCAGAGAGACGGAUAGAGAGGUCAUGGAUACGAUAGAGCAUGCUGGGAGAGCAGCUCCGGCCUCAGUGAGACUCAUCGGGCCGGAAGGCCUCGUGGCCCUGCUGGAGGGCGGACUGGACCGAGUGCUUCUGAUCGACAGCAGGCCCUUCGUGGAUUAUAACACCUCGCACAUCCUAGAGGCGAUCAACGUGAACUGCUCCAAGCUGAUGAAGAGGAGGCUGCAGCAGGACAAGGUGCAGAUCGCCGAGCUUCUGCAGCAUUCGGCCAAGAAGAAGUUGGAACUGCAGAAUCAGGAAGUGGUGGUUUAUGACCAGAGCUCGUCUGACCCCUCCUCCUUGUCAUCAGAGGCCUUCCUCAGCGUCCUAUUGGCCAAACUCGAGAGGAGUUUCCCGUCCGUCCACCUGCUGUCAGGUGGGUUUGUGGAGUUCUCUAAUCUCUUCCCGGGUCUGUGUGAGGGAAAGUGUAUGCUGGUGCCCUCCUGUAUCUCACAGCCGUGUCUUCCCCUCAACAGCAGCGGCCCUACACGCAUCCUGCCUCAUCUCUAUCUGGGGUGUCAGAGAGACGUGCUCAACAGGGAUCUGAUGCAGCAGAACGACAUAGCGUACGUCCUCAAUGCCAGUAACACAUGUCCCAAACCUGACUUCAUUCCCGAGUCGCACUUCCUGCGUGUUCCUGUCAACGACAGCUUUUGCGAGAAGAUCCUGCCGUGGCUGGACAAAUCCGUGGAGUUCAUAGAAAAGGCAAAAGCUUGUAACGCCAGAGUUCUAGUCCAUUGUCUGGCUGGAAUUUCCCGAUCCGCCACCAUCGCCAUCGCGUACAUCAUGAAGAGGAUGGACAUGUCCUUAGAUGAGGCAUACAGGUUUGUGAAGGAGAAGCGGCCGACCAUCUCGCCCAACUUUAACUUCCUGGGGCAACUGCUGGAUUUUGAGAAGAAAAUCAAGAGCCCUAGUGAAGUGGCAGCUAAGGGUAAGCCAGUGCAGGCAGAACUGGCCGACACGACAAGCCCCGGGCAAGAGAACGAGUGCUGCGCCCCGUGCUCGUCCGGCGGGAUCGGGGUGGAGAGAUCUACCCUGGCGCCACUAGAGCCUCUGACUCUGCCCUGUGUACUGGCUGGGGUUCCUGAGGAGCAGCUCCUGGCUCAGGCACUGUGCAGUCUGCAGCUGAGUGAAGAAAUGGAGGACAGCAUGCGCUUGAAGCGCUCCUUCUCCCUGGACAUCAAGUCGUACGGGGAGCCGAGCGUCGGCGCUCCUUUACGCACGUUUGGCAGUGGAGAUAGUCCAGACUACUACAAACCAUCCUCGUUUAAAGAUCCGUCAGUUAAGCCUUGCCAGUUCUCCCCUGUGGAGGAGGUUUCAGAACAGUCCACUCCCGAACAGAGUCCGGACAAAGAGCAAGCCGGAGGUCCCACGACCAGCAGCAACAAGUCCAUCAGCUCUGCCAAAUCCGGUCACUCCAGUAACCCCAACCAAACCAGUAAGCCCCAGUCUGCGGCCUUGAAACCCCCUCCUCCACCUGCCUGCCCUCAGCCGCUGCAGAGGAGCGGUAGCAUGGAGGAAACCGCCAGUGCUGCCAGCUUCCUGCUCGGCCUGUCCCGCUCUCAGCAGCAGUUGGCCAAAACCGGGUUAGGCGCACUAAAAGGCUGGCACUCCGACAUCCUCCUGGCGCCCGUCACCGGCGGCUGGUACCUCUCGUCCGAGUCGGCACGGUUCUACUCCACCUCGGCCAUUUUCAGCGGCGGCGGCGGCGGCGCAGGAGCCGGAGGCGCACAGAGCAGCUUCACGGCGACAUACAGCUGCAGUCAGGGCUUGGAAGCAGUGAGGAGGCGUAGCAGACAGAGGAGCAGCGAACGCGGAGACUCGCGCCGCAGCUGGCACGAAGAGAGCAGCUUCGAGAAGCAACUGAAGCGGCGGAGCUGCCAGAUGGAAUUCGGCGACGGCAUGACCGAGAGCCGCUCCAGAGAGGACCUAGGGAAAGUAGGCAGCCAGUCCAGCUUCUCCGGGAGCAUGGAGGUCAUCGAGGUGUCCUGAAAGAGAAAAAGAAAGAAAGAAUUGAAUGUCGCUCUUAAACUGAAUCACGACUCUCUGUAAGAAGGACGAUUUUGUGGGUUAUUUCCCCGACACAAAAUCUUUUUUCAAGUGCUUUUCAUGGACUAGAAAGUAGUGGUGCUUCUUAGGCUUUUUUUUUUUUUUUUUUUUUUCCCCCCACCCAAUGACCAAGAAUAUUUUUGUAUUCGUAGAGCUGAAUUCUGCAGGUAAUAACGUUCACCGAAUACAGCUCCCUUUUUCGGAUUGUCCACGAGCGGACACUCGGACACUUUCAGUCGAUUAUCUCUGGGUUUCUGUGUCCGUUUUGUUUUAGCUGAGCCUGUUUCGUCAGUGGAUCAGUACCGAUCACCAUGUCGCGACCGAUCCAGUACGUCUGUCUGACUCCAAUACGGAAUCUUGAGCCCGAAACUGAAGCACGAAUGAAGCUGAUUGAAGAUUUUUUUGUUUUUUUUUUUCUUCUGCUACAUACUACAAAGGGUGUCUACGUAGCAACUAUACAGUACCUCAUGAAUCCAAAUUAAGGGCUUUCCUCUCUCUCUCUCUCUCUCUCUCUCUCUCUCUCUCUCUCUUUGCUUUUUUUUUUUUUUUUUUGCUUUUACUCAUAAGUGUAGCUUUCAAUGGUUAAAAUCUCAGGUCUUAUUUUGAGCAGCAGGAAAAGACAUUUAUAAAGGAGUCCCUUUUGCUUUGAAUUACGGCGUUAAGAUUUAAACGCCUGUAAGAGAUUUUUUUCAGGCGAUCCACAAUCAGUCGCUUCACGUCAGAACGCAAAGACUAAACGCGUACGUUAGCCGAACGAAGUGCGGGGACUGAACUGAAGUUCAGACGGUAGAGGUGGAGCUGGAAAAGGCCAGGUGGUAUGGCUUGUCGUGUAAAUGGUGGGUUGUUAAAGCAAGUGAUAUGGUGGGGGGGGGGGGGUGAGGGGGCGGAGGAAAAGGAAGAGGCUGGAACUCUCGUUUCAAAAGGCGCAACUCGAUCUCGAGAUCAGAGCGCAUUAUUGUCCUCUGGAACAAACGUCUUUUAGAGCGUAGGAAAUAAACACCUUUUCAAGUUGUAAUCAAAGCUACUCUGCAGUGUGAAACGGCACACCACAGCGGUCGCUUACCGAUUGGACAUCAUCAAAAAAAAAAAAAACUCGACAGAUUUGUGCCGUCGGUUCAAUCAGUAAUUAAAAAAAAAAAGCCAGCUUUAUCGAGGAGGAAAUACCCAAUCAAACGCAGAGAAAUAAGAGACUAAAGCCAGACGAAUGCCCGACUCGGUUUGAUCCCUCGGAUUACACGAACAUCAUAACUCUACAGACGUCUACCAUCAGGAACACGAUCAAUGAUCAAACGAACGCGUCUACUGUUGACUUUAACAUUUACCAUGAUCUCCCAUAACAUACCGCAUGUUAUCCAGCCUCAGACCUACAUUCCAUUAAAUACCAUAUCAAGAGUUUGUGGGUCACGCAGAUGUUCUAGUGUGAAACAUCUGCUUGUCACGUGCAACUCGCACUCAAAGUGGCUUUUAGAAGGGGUCGGGUCACAUGAUCGUGGUAAAAUGGUUGAGCGAGCAGCUAAAUGAACACUUUGUUUGUUUUUGCCAGUUAAGAUCAUAUUAACUUUCUAGACCCCAGUACGGUAUACACUAUGCGGCCAAAAGUAUGCGGACACCAGACCAUCACACCCCUACGUGCUGUUGCACCAAAGUUGGAAGCACACGAUUGUAUAAGAUGGCGUUGUAUGCUGUAGCGUUACAGUUUCCCUUCACUGGAACUAAAACCCGCGCACAAAGCCAGCGCCAUGAAGACAUGGGUCGCCAAAGUUGGGAGUGGAAGAACUCUAAGAGUGUCGCAAAAGUCCUGAGCUCAACUCCACGGGAACACCGACCUCCUCAUUCAACACCUCAGAAUCUAGUGGAGCGCCUUCCCAGAAGAGUGGAGGGUAUUAUAAGAGUAAUGGAACGGGAAGUUCGACAAGCACAAUGAUGGUCAAGGGUUCACAAAUCUUUUGGCUGUAUAGUGUAUUUUGCUCAGCGGUAGAGAAAAUGCCAAAUAUAGCAGGACGACUAGGUGACUAUAGGUCCGUCAUCAUCUCUACCGUAAUCACUGGAGUUCAGAGUCACCCUUUAUUACGCAUAAAUUCUUAUAUUUCGCAGCUACAUUUACUAUCGGAUAAUGUAAGGAAGUAUUACGGUCCUGUCAGUAUUGUAGGCUCGUGAGCGAGUUCUAGCUUGGCCUCUUCUCGUGCCUUUAUAAGACUGAACAAAAGGAGCUCUUCAGGUAUUUCACCCUUUCAUCCAUCCCUUAUCCUGUCCUCAAAACAGAGUACUGAUCGUUACCACUCCAACACGGAUCCGCGUCGUCGUCGCUAAUCUCCGUCGAAUCGUUGCUAAUCGACUCUUCUACCCAGGAAUGUUCCCGGGACAGUGCCUUCUACACCUCCAGAACCUUGCAAGUCAAAAAUGGAUUUUCGUGUUUCUUUCAUUUCUCAAAGUGUGUUUGUGGUUUUUUUUUUUUUUGUUGUUGUUGUUGUUGUUUUGGAACAGGACACAGGUGAUGAAAGCAGGUGACGUAUUCGAUUCGAAAGCUUCCCUAAAGCUGUGAAGAUACUCCUGUAAAUAAGUGCAUUCUUUGUCAGUAAUCAGCGAUUAAAUGAUGAUUUUUUUCUCCUCCAGUGAAAAUGUAAGAAUCAGCAGCUUUACUUUACUUUAUGAUUGAACUAUUGAGCCUCUUAACCAGGAGAAGAGUUCGACCGUCUGCGGCUUCUUUGCAAAGACUGAGCUUCACAUUCAAGAUGCACGGCGAGCCUCAAAGCCAGGCCAAGUGAAAAUUCCUAUAGGUAAAUCUUUGUGGCCAAAUUACAGUAUAUAUAUAUAUAUAUAUUUAUAUAUAUUUCCCCCUAACUGAAUGACUGCGUUAUGAUCGUGCCUACGUAACCGAGAAGCAUAGAGGAGACGGUACAAGCGUGUGACGUGUGUGAAUGGCCUUUUAGAGAUGCCUGAGAGUAUGACGUGCCUUUUCCUUCCACCGUAUGCAGUUUUACAAGUUCUUUGAUGUUGGUGGUUAUUAUUAGUUGUAUGUUUUGACAGUUGAAAUAAACCUAAACCGGUACUCAACACAUGCGAUGCUCUGUCCACAUUUUACUCCACUUAGCUAAAGAACAGAUCCAGGAACAGCACUUCUGCUCGUAUCCUAAAGUGUGUAAGGUGUAUUUUUUUAUUAUUUUUUUUUCCCCCAGUGACACAGCGAGUUACAUCCUGAUGACCGUUUGAACGCACCAACCUGCCAUUCAUAUCCGAUUUGAGGGAAGGAAACCGAACAAAAAAACGAUGCCACUUGUGAGAUCCUAAAAUAUUCUAGUGUAAAGCGCCGGGGUUUGUAAUCCUGGGAUUUGGUCUUGUGAGCCAGGGGUAAACAAAUAGGCAGAACUCUGGCCUCUUUGGCCGAGUAAAUAAAUAAAUUAAUUAAUUAAUAAAUCGAGGAGCAGAUUAUUAUCAAGUAGCAGCACAACAGUCUUUUGGCCCACUGUUGCUUUGUGCACAUAAGAAAAAGACCUACCCAUGUCCACUGAUAUACACUAGGGUUUCUUUUUGUGGUGAAAUUCUGUUUUUCUCUCUUCCUGCUAGGAUUUAGCAAUGUUAGCACCUCUGCAGGUCAUCCUUAUAGUCAAUAGACAGUGACACAGUUCACAUUUACACACACCUAGGCUAAAGAUAUUACAGAAAAGCUUUUCACGUCACACAUUACUACACAUUUCUUUUGGUAAGUUGUUAGAUUAAUAUUAGAAACAGCAGUGGGUCAAACGUUUACAUGAGCUAAGUUGACGGUCUCUUUAAUUAAACAGUCUGGAAGAUUCCAGAAAUUGGCGUAAUUACAUUUAGAAGC